GUAGCGCGUGCCAAAACGAAGGCAUUUCCGAGUUCCAAUUGUUUUCAAGCCGGAAGAGUAUUUUAAAUAGUCGAUUCUACGAAACGCCAAUGAGACAUGGCAGCAUGUGUGUGUGUGCGCUUGUGGGUGUCUCUCUCUCUCUUUCGCUCGCUCUAACUAUAUUUUGUGCUCUCACUGGCAACGCCAACGCUUACGCCAACGCCGGGCCAACAUUCCAAGCGGCUAACCUUCAGCCCAGCUCCAAAAUUGUCGCAGCAGCAGCAGCAGCAGCAACAACAACAACUCUCUCUCACUCUCUCUCGGCGAUGCUCUCCUUGUAGUAGAAAAACCUGAUGAGGCGCAGCAACAACAAUCAAUGACUGGCCAGUGUUGGACAUUGCCUGACAAUAGCGCACGCUCUCUCGCUCUCCACGGAGAGCGCCAGUUAUGUGACUGAUAUGAAUGGCCGUGCCCGUGUGCUGCGCUUCUGACAGAGCAGAUGGACCGCAAAAGGUAAGCUUGCUGUGAAUGUGAUUUGCAGGGCGUGCUGCGAGGGGAUGGGAAACGUGCAGCAACUGUAUGCGAUCGAACGCGAGCGGGUAGCGGGCACAGACGCGCGCACGCGCGCGCGCGCGCUCGAUCGCCAAUUCCAAUUUGGCUGUGCGCGACAGCCAACAACAGCAGCAGCCAGCAGCCAGCAGCUAGCAGCUAGCGAGCAGCAGGUAGAUCAGUUGUGAAUCUGGCACGGACGGACGACAACAAACCAUUUAGCUUGGCUCGGAGCACUCGCAACGCGAAAAACGCGACGGCCAAAAACGAAAAGCAAAAACAACAAAAACGAAAAAGAAACAAACAAAAAAAAAAAACGUUUUGCGCGCCUCCUCCAAACCGUUCGCUACGGGUCAAAGGAGCGUCCGGAAAAUAUGAAAAAAGAGUUGAGCUAAACAAAUCGAGUGGCCAAGGCAGAGCUACACGCAAGGCAGCUGUGCGUUAAGAGAGAGCUUUCACUGUGUACUAAUUCGACAAAUACUCACACACACACACACACACACACACACACACACAGACAGACGCAGGCAGAGCGCAGAGCGUGGGCGUUGGAGGCCGCUGGCAGGCGCCAUGGCACUGAGCAAGACGAGUAAAACGAAAGCUGGCGCCAAAGAGGAGCAGAACGAACUGGUCGAAUUCGAGCCCAAAGAUGAUGACGAGAGCAACGAGGCAAGUGCAAACGAUUGCGAUACAGAAGCUAUAACCAAAGAAGAGGAAUGGAUAACGAAGCGCAAAACCGAGCUAACGACAACAAGACAAAUCGAGACGCGUGUAAAGCGGCAGGUGAAGCUGCAGGAUGGCAAAGUGAUCGAAGACUCCGGUCCGAUAGUCUCCACCAACACGACCGAGGACACGGACAAACAGGAAACGGAAACAACCGAGAAACGCGACCUGGGUCUGCCCGACGAGCUGGAUGGCAAGGCGCAGCUAAUAGAUGCCGCAGCGCUCCAGGCGGGCGCCGCCAACGAGACGCAGCUGGCCCAGCUGCAGGAGGCAUUCGGCAUCGAUGGCGGCAAGCUGGUGCGGCGCAUGGUGCCGCGUCCCGUGGACGGUCUGGUGCGUCAGAUCGACGACAAGCGCACCAUUUCGCACGAGGAGAUCAAGGACUACCAGGAGACGCAGGACGUCAAGCACUUGGGCGACUUUACCGACGAGACCUACGUAAAGGCCGUUCGUGAGGGUGUUGAGGAUCUUGAGGCGGUGCUUUGUUCGCCGGAGAGUCAGCAGCAAUUGGUGGCGCUUGGGCCGCAGCUGGUGGCGAAUACGAGCCGAUCGCGUAAGACCAUCGAUUCGGAGGAUACGCAAAAGCGUUGCCUCGCCCAGGAGGACGGCACACUGGUAACCGAAAGUAAACGCACCACCGAGCACGAGAUAAUACUUGACGGCGACGAGCCGGAUCAGGCAAACCGGACGCCGACGUCCGGCAAUGAGCUGCUGGAGCGGCCCGUCGAACAGUUGACGACCAUAACGGCGGCGAGUCAACGGUAUUUCAAGCAGCGGGACGAACAGCAUGUCGAUCUGCUAGCCGACGGCAAACUGGUGGCCACCGAGAUGCGCUACGCAGCCGAGCAGACCCAAAUGGAAAAGGACGGCUCCCUGGAGCGACCCGGCGACUGGGACAGCCUAUCGGAUCGCAUGCGCAAGCUGCGUCGCUCCCAGCAGCAGCAGCAGCAGCAACAGCAGCAGCUGCAGCAGAAAGAGGUUGCGCUGCUCGCAGAUCGCAAGGACGCGCUGACCAAGCGGCCGCUCGACUUUGAUCGCGAGGAGGAGACGCGCAAGGGCGAGACCAUGAAAUGGCUCGAAUCGCAUUUUGGCAGCGAAUCGACCGCCUCCAACGAUUCGCGCGACGACGAGCCCAACGAACUGGACGUCGAGCCCACCAAGAAGAGCUACUUCAACGUGACCAUCAAAUCCCAGCAGCAGCAGCAGCAGCAGCAGCAGCUGCUGCCGUCGAUCGCGACCGCGUUGCCCGCUGUCGCAGCUGCCAAUACGCAGACGCUGCCGCGCAGCGCAGAGCGGGAACGGGAGCGGGAACGGGAACGAGAGCGGGAACGGGAACGUCUGGCCGCCACAACGCUCGAUCGGAAAUAUGUGAAGGAUGCACACGCUGGCCGGCCCAAGUACUAUCAGGGCAUCUCGAACUGGGCGGAGCGGCAGGAGGCGCCUCAGCUGCAUCAUUUCUCCACGCAGGCAUUUCGCGAGGAUCUACAGGAGACGAUACGCCGCAACGGGCUAAAGAAGAAGCAGCAGCAGCAACAGCAGCUGAAUGCAUCCAGCGACAGCUACGUCAGCCGGGAGGAUAUCUUGCAACAGAAACGUCAGAGCCUGUCAUCACAGUUUCUGGCCAGAUCAGCGCGCGGAUCACGCGAUGCACUCGACGAUCUGGAUGCCAUACCGGGCCCGGCGCCGCCAGCCGUCAUCCGUCAACAUCAGCUGGCGGCAGCGGCAGCGGCAGCUACUGUGCCGGCCCAGCGCCCGGAGGAGCCGUCGCACAAGCGUGUCGCCUACGGUCAUGCGCAUGGCCAUGGACGCAGCAGCAGCAAUCCAAUCAAUGGCCUUGCCGCACACCCACAUGCCAAUGGGCGUGGCAGAAGCUAUGAGCCGCAGCUGCAGGUGUCGCAGCCGCAGCCGCAGCCGGCGCAGCUGUCGCCGCCGCCAGAGUUCGCGACAAGCAGCAGCAGCAGCAAUCUGGGACGGCCGACGGUGCCGCAGCGACGACGUGCCAUCGAGAAGAAGCUGGGCGAGCACAGCCACGCCCAUGUUCAUGUGCAUGUGCAGCCCGCCCAGUUGGCAGGCCACACACAGCUGGAGCCGCCGCCGGACUACUCGCCGCCGCCGCGCAGCCGCUCCUCCUCGCCGCAGGUGGACUAUAUGCUGACGCGUGCGACACGGCAUCCGGAGCCGCCGGCCAGCUCCGGCUUGACGCUGAGCCGGAAGCAGCAGCAGCGCACACGAUUCGCGCCCGCCGCCGGCGUCGCCGCCAGCUCGGCCAACUCCAACUCGAAUCUGUCGACGCUAAGCGCCAGCAAGCCGAGCAAAAUGGGCCAGGUGAUUGGCAAUUCGCUGCGCAAGCUGGUCAGCAAGAUCCGUUCGGCCAGCGCCGAGCGUAAGUUUCGCAUGAAAAGCGCCGCCAAUGGCAAAUCCCGCGAACAGUCGCCCAGUCGCCAGCAGCAGCCGGCGCUGGCGGCCAAGGGCGUGCCCACCUAUCAGCAGUACAAUGUGAUUGACGGGCAUAUUGGCGGCAACGGAUCGGAGGAGUCGGAGGGCUCCGCUAGCGAUGGCCAGCGCCGGCAGCGCCAGCCGGAGGCGCCGUCCAGCCUGCCGGGUAAGCAGCCGGCAUCGGUGACGGUGGCGGAUGCCGCAGAGCCAGCGAUGAGUCCGCGCCAGCGCUACUAUCUGGGCGAGGAUCCCUACUCCAGCACGCUGUACGGCAAGGAGAACAUCUACGAGCGGAAUCGAGUGACGGCGUCGCGCCAGCGCUACGAGACGCGCGAGCCGCGCGAACCGCUCGACGAGCAUGACGACUACUAUGAGACGCGUGCGCUGCCGGCAUCGAUGACGACCACAACGACGCUGGGUCGCUAUCAAAAGCAUGGCCAGCGCUUUAGCGGCUCGACGCCCAAUCUGCACGUGCAGCCGGACUAUCGGAAUGCGCAGACGCUGCCGCGCAAACUGCACGAACCGGCGCCAUAUCGGGCGCAACGUUAUCCGCAAACGCUGGACAAGAUGGGCAAUCGGCCGGCACAGUAUAUGACACGCCAGAUUAGCCAGCAGACGCAGCUGGCACCGCUGCCAGCUGAGCCGCAGGGUCCGGCCAAGCCGGCGCGCACCUAUGCCAAGGUACUCAAUCGCAGCAAGAGCUUCAAUGUGCAUGGCAUGAACGGCGGCAACGAUCCUAGUCCCAUCUACAUCGAGAAGCUGACCAGAAACAACUACAGCGGCCGCCACGAGCAGCAGUCGCCAUCGCCGUCGCCAUCGCAGGCAUACAAAUCGAAUCCGCAUCUCUGCAGCGGCGCCAGGGAUAACAACAAUUCGCUGAAGAGCGGCCUGAAGAGUCCGUCAAUUGUCAAUCUGAUCAGCCGCAGUCAGAAGGAUCUGACCAAAAUAUCGGGCAGCAACGAGGAUGAUCUCUAUGCGGAGGACAGCGGCAGCAAGCGUCAGCUCUAUUUGCGUAAUCUGCAUCAGCAGGCGCCCGAUCUAUACCGUGUCCUGCACGGCGACGAGGAUUACGGCCAGCGACACAAGAAGCAUGCGUUGCAGCCAAAAUAUUCACUGGACUCCCGUUCGCCGCCGCCCGUUGAGCUCAACAAGGAUACGGCGAGCAUUGUGCGGCGCAGCAGCGAUGAUAGCAAACGGCUACUCUAUGCCGAUGACCAACUGCAUCAUCAUCAGCAUACGCAUCAUCAUGUCCAGCAGCAACAUCAUCAGCAUCAUCAACAUCAUCAUGUCCAGCAGCAGCAGCAGCAGCAGCAGCUGCGUCGCGGAUCCGGCGCCACAAUCAUUGAGCUUCGCCAGCGCAAAUGAUGCCUUUGUCUCUGCCUUUCCCAUGCCCAGCAGCUAGCUCCCUCUCUGUCCACUCACUCUCUCUCUCUCUGUUUCUCUCUCAUCUCGUUGCUCCUGAACAGUGUUUGCCAUUGUAGCUACUUUCUAGCUAAAUUCAGCCUCUCUCUCAGCUUCUUAGCCGUCAACAGCUUGCACAUUUUUAGCUGAUUUAGCUUCUUUUUGUUUUUUGGGCAUCUCAACUAGAGUUGGGCCUUAUACUUGAGCAUCUACCGUGACUCGUGGACUCUCUUUUUAUAUCCUGAACCCAUUAAAAAUGGUUAUAAGGGUAUAUUGUAUUUGUGCAAAAUCCAAAUGUAUGUAACA